AUGGAGCUUUGGACAAACAACUUGGAUGGUAUUGGGAAGACUGAAGUUGGACUGCUAGGCAAGGUUGUAUCUGGUUUUGGUUAUAAUUUUUAUGCUCAUAACCAUUAUGGUGCUGGUGUUUAUAGUUGUGGUGAAGAAAUAGCAUUUUUGGAGAGCCUUGAAAGAAACAUGUGGAUCAAUGGGAAAGGUGAGGAUUGGGUAUACUACUGCAAUCAUAAAUCAAAUGUUCGCUGUUCAAAUGUUGAGGAUUCUGUUGCACCAAUGUCAGAACCAUCCCUGCCACAAUUCGAGGCGCAACAUUUUGUCAUGGAAAAAAAGAAAGCCAAGCUUCAGUUUAGCUCUGAUGAAACGUAUGAGCUUGGGUGGCAUAAGACAAAUGAAGAUUCAUUUGCAAAUUGUUCAUCAGUUUCUGAAUUUGGAGAUGAUAAUUUUGCUAUUGAUAGUAGGGAACAAAAAAAAUUGGUAAGCAGUGAGGGUCACAUGAAGCUUCAAGCGCAGGUCUUCUUUGUUUUAGUGAUCAAUGGAGCAAGCAACCAGCUAGUGGAAAUGCAUAAGAACCUUGGUAAGAAUGAAACCCGUAGGGAGCAAUUCCCUGAUAGGAACUUCUCUAUUAAAGAACAGCUUGAGUUAAAGGCUAUUUUAUAUUUGCCAAAAAGUGCUCAAUUUGAUCUUUUUGACACCAGGAAGAAGUUGAACUUCAUGCUCUAUGUUAAGAGGGUAUUCACUAUGGACCAUUGUAAGGAGCUUAUUUUUGGGUGCCUAGGAUUUGUGAAAGGUGUUGUUGACUCUAAUGACUUGCCUCCCAACUUCUUUCGUGAGAUGCUACAACCGAAUAAGAUUUUAAUGGUGAUUAGGAAGAACUUUGUGAAUAAGUGCACUGAGGUGUUUAAUGAGAUAGUUGAGAACAAUGAGAGGUAUGAGCUUGGGGAGAUACAAAAACUUUGA